AUGACCCAUGAGCAGUCCAAGUCGUCGACGGCGAACGGACAAGAGCAUUUACACCCCAUCGCGCCCUAUCCGCCACCACCUUCGCAGUACAACGGUCACUAUCCGCCACCACCUGGCGCUUACGCCGCGCAGUACUACUCUUUUGCCCCUGUCGCCGACGGCAGUCACGACUCCUCUCCCCCGAACGGUCACCCCGGCGCACCCUUCCUGAUGGCGUACCCCCCUCCGCCUCCUGGGCUCGUUUAUGCCUACGCAGCUCCUCCCCCUGGCCAAGCGCCAGCGUACCCCCCUUUUGCACCCGGGUUGGCAAUCCCCCAGCCUCCUCGGCCCAAGCGCAAGCAGGUCAAGAUGGCCUGCACGAAUUGCGCGAGCGCUUGCAAGCGCUGUAACGAGACCCGGCCGUGCGACCGGUGCGUCAAGUACGGAAUCACCGACACCUGCGUGGACGGCGUCCGCAAAGAACGCAAGAAAGGCGUCAAGCGCGGCCCGUACAAGCGCAAGAACAGGCUCGGCGAGGGCGGCGACGCAGGGGAAGCGAGCGGGGAGUCCUCCGUGCCGACCCCUGCCUACCCCAUGCCGCCCGAAGGCUACUAUCCGUGGUACUACCCGCCCCCCGGGUAUAUGCAGCCGCCCCACGACGGACAGCAUCCCGAGGGGGCCCAGAACGGCAACGGUCAGCCUAUGGUCCCGCAGUUUUACCCUCUCCACCCCAUAUACGCGCCCCCGCCGUACGGCCCGUACCCCGGCGGCGCUAUACCGUACCCGCCACCUUCUCUGAGUCCCGUUGGCACUAUGCCCCCCGCCCCCGCCGCAAACGGCAGAGCGGCGGAGCAGUCGCCGAACGACAAUGCGGGUGAAAAUGGCACGCGGGUGAAGAAGAGGAGCCGUGCGAAGAACGGCGACGACAGCUCAAAGGUGAAGAAGGCGAAGGCUGCUGCGGCUGCGGCUGCGGAACCUCAGCCCCAGAAUGACAUUGGCCGCGGGAAGGACUUGCACCUCACCGGGGAUAAUGUAGCUGCCCUCAACGGGCACAGCAACGGCAAUGGCGCAGAGGUGCGCACGCUGAUAGCGGCCUAA